AUGGAGAACCAGGUAGAGAUGGAGGAGAAGACGAGGCUCAUCAACCAGGUGCUGGAGCUACAACACACACUGGAAGACCUGUCAGCACGUGUGGAUGCGGUCAAAGAGGAGAACCUGAAGUUGAAGUCGGAGAACCAGGUUCUAGGCCAGUACAUCGAGAACCUCAUGUCGGCCUCCAGCGUGUUCCAAACCACCGACAACAAGAGCAAACGGAAGUAACCCACGYCGACCAGGAGGAYUGAGACCACCUACAACAGCCUGGUAGCAGAUCUGUUUGUGCCAUCUCRAUGUUUGGGAUGACACAAACCGUAGGCAUGAUAGCACAAACAGACUGGCACUCAGGCUACCUGCAACAUCUCUCCCAAAUGACAGCAGAGGAGGUAGAAGCUGUUUGUAACCACAGUUCUAGGGACGGAUAUGGACGUGUUCCAAAUGGCAGAUUAUUUUCUAAMWAGUGUACUAUGUAGGGUAGUCUGAUCCUAGAUCUGUGGUUAGGGGCAGCUUCUAAUUCCAGACCCCAAAAUCCUCCCUACACUCCAACCUCACCCCCAACCACACCCCCAAGAGUCCAGUUUACAUUCUUGUUUGACCUCUUUUUACCCUCCUAACAUAAAACCCCAGACAUGAUUUAACUUUUUUAUAAUUCAUCUUAUAAUACUGUUUUGUGUUGUCAUYUCAACUGCAUCUCUAAUGAGUUAUGACAUCAGACCUUUAUUUUGAUGACUGGUUGGAUCUGGAAGGAAACGGGACUUGUUGUAUAUGAAUAUGGCCAUAACUCCUGGCCCCAAAUAUGAAUCAAACAUAUUGAAUGACAUGUCAAUGUAAUUAUAUAAUAUUAUAUUAACACAUUCCAUCAUCUCAUCUGAUUGGUCAAAAGGUUACUAAGUGUCUGUUUUUUUAAUUGUUAAUUUCCACCACUUAUUGAUGGACACAAACAUGAUGAAAUAUGAUUCUGUAAGACGUAUUUUUAAGCAGUACUACUAAAAUACUCCGAUGUGUGUUGUCGUCACUGGUAUGCUACUCAUUCCACUAGGAACGGGGUUCCUAAUUCAUAUCGUCACCGUGCCGUGUGGAGUCAGUAGCGAAAGGAAAAAGCACAGUAAACAAGUGUUAUGCUGAACAUGACAAAUACAACCCUUGACUAGGGUCAAGUUACACUACAGGGUGAGACGGCCUCCUUUACCUAUGAUGGUAGAGGAGGAGGAGAGAGUGAGGGAGGACGAGAGAGAGAGAGAGAGAGGUCUGCUUUUUACAGUUAAGAGCCUUGAGUGGUAUUGAUUAGAACACUCAGGCUGUAGAACACUCCGGAAGGUUCCGUCAGUGCAUUAACACAGAUCUGCUGAUAAGGAAGGUUGUUAUUCCUGCUUUGGGUAAUGGACUGUGGAAGCAUGGCUGUGCUCUCUCCUAGGCUGGUUAUAGUAGAGAGAGCCGUGAUCAGGAUAACAUGGACAGUUGGGAUUUUGGCUAGGAGAUGGCUCGGUCAGUUCCAAUUCUAUUUGAAUAGAGGAUGAAAUUCCUAAUUAAAAUCAGGAAGAAUCACAACACUCAAUUGUACAGAGAUCAGAGGGAGUGGUUCUAUCAGAGUACCAUUCUAUGGGUUCAAGGUGCUAAAGGAAAAGAUGAGGGAAUAUUGAGAUGAUUCCACUGCACUUCAAUGCAUCAUGUUAUUUAUUUUUCUUUCAAUAUAAAAUMGUAUUUUUAUUUUGUAUUAUGUUAAAUGGUAUUAUAUUGUAUGCUCCUGACUCUUGUUAGUCCCAAAUGGCACCAUAUUCCCUAUAUAGUGCACUACUUUGGGCCUUUAGGGCCCUGAUCAUAAGUAGUCCACUAUGUAGGGAACAGAGUGCCAUUUGGGACAGUGAACUUAGUAUUUCCUUCAGGCAUGUUGAUAAUGUCUACACACAUCCUAUGGAACUAACUGCCUGCUGUGUAGAAGUUUAGAGAUUCUAUGUUGCCUUUUAACACUUUUGUUUUAAUAAAAAAAAUAUACUUCUUA